AUAGCCUCAACAGGUCGCCCGCUUUUUCUGUUGUUCACAACUUAUCGCGGGGAGGGAAAGGAACACUUGGGAGAGAUGGUUGGUCACCACAUCCUCUUGUCCCGCUUCCCUCAUUCAUCUUCCUGCUUAUUUCUCUCUUUCUUUGUUACUUUAACCUUCCCCAGCCUCUCUCACAAUAUCUCUCUCAUAUCAGCGCCCUCAUGGGCCCCUCCCGGACCCCCCGAUUUAAUUCUCCUGCAUCCCCGCUGGGCGGAUGUCUCGUAUUAGUGUUUCAUUGACCUGCCUCGUGCAUCGCCUGCUCGCGCCUUUGCUGCCUGCCUUUUCUUCCGGUCCCCACCCAGUCCUCCCUCCCUGGCCACUGGGCGAUGGAGCAUCACUGCUGAUGCGCUGGCAGCCAUGAUGCAGGCAAUUGAGCAGGCAGGCUCCAUAUUCACUGGCUGGAUAUCUUCCUGCUUGUUCUGCCUGAGCGGGAGGGGCGACGAUGAGAGCUUUCAUCAUCAACAGGCUAUGAAGCAGAAAGGUGUUGAACGAGAAAUGAGAGUAUGCCAUACUCAACCUCAUCUCGUUCCUCCGAUGAACCUCACCGACUACGAUGAUUUGCCCAGUCCAAGCCCUCAGCCUCGGGUAUCAUCGCUACAGUCAUGGGUGGUUGAGGGCAGGACCCGGGCAUCGCGAGCGUCAAAUCGAGCUAGCAUGUCGCUCAAAAGGAAGUCAACUGCUCCCGUGAGGAUCAGUGGUCCCUCAGAGUUUAGAAGAGUCUCCAUGUUCCUGACUGAACUGGAUGAGUAUCGUCCGCUGGAGUUGAGCUUCAAUACCCCAGGCAACAGACUCCCGGACCUCCCCAGAUUUGAAGACUUCCCUCUCGACCACGACCGGAAGCAGGUCAUUUCACGACCCCCGCGGGCUCUCUCGUCCACCGAGAUGGGCCGAAUAUCGCAACUGCGGACUCAUCGACCCUCUUCUUCGUUUCAGCUUGCGCGAAAGCCGGUCGGGUCAGGAUCUCGUCGAUCCUCGUUGCCAACCCAAGAACAGCUCCAGUUGUUAGAGAAGAAUACUCCCAUCACCAGUCCCUUAAUCCCUCAUUUUUCACAACGUAGCUCUGCGGUUACUGGCUUGACCGCAAGUGCGGUUCCUUCUACCACUCCCAGGCUGGAUUUAAGUGGUGGCAGCACGUCCCUGGCUAGGAACGAGCUACACCGGGACACCCACGAGGCCCCUACAUCCACGGUCCCAAGGACUCCCACCAAACCCAGCCUGCAGGACAGGCCCUUACCUUCUAUCCCGACUGAGGAAGAUUCACCUUCUUCAGGCAGUACGUAUCACCCACCUACUACUCCCUCCGAAAGCCGACCCCCAACCACACCAUCGGAGAAUCCCAAUCAAACCCCAACCCGCUCGGGACGUGUUACCCAGUGGCUCUUUCAGACACCCAACAAGCCGAACUUUCUUUUUUCCAACCCGAGCAAAAUCAGCGACAAGGGGCCAUUUCGCAUACGCUCGCGGACGCUGAGCGGCUCUACGCUCGCAUCAACUAUCACCAACAUUACCGGAGGGCACAAGACUACCCCGUCUCUCGCCAGCGGCACGACAGUAGCCCCGACGAUGCAAGCAUCGAGCACAGAAUCACGGAACUUUGACCUCCCUCUUGGCAGUCCAUUCUCACCCAAACAGACCUUUCCAACCGUGACAGAAGAGCACACCUAUCCCACAAUUCAUGAGGGUGAACAGCAACAGCAUCAGGAGCCCGAAGUAUUUGAUGAUAUGCUUACCCAGUACUACGAGUAUCGCCAUUCCGCUGUCGGUCUAGCAUUUUGAUCGAUCUCCGAGCAAAUGAGCCCUUUACUUCUUUACAAUCAGUCAGAUUCAGUUUUCUUCAAUUCACGUCUCGGUCAACAGCCUUGAUAUGCAGACUACCUUUAUAACCAUAUUUAUCACCCUGCUCAAGGGGAACAUCUAUCCUUUCCGGCCUUAAUGAUCCUGUCUCUUGCAGAUCCUAAUUUCAGGAUCGAACCUAUAUACGCUCGCUUUCUUUGCACUUUUUCCGCAACAUCAAUGUAUCUGAUACCCUUUGGUUCUACAUAUGUGCUUUUUUGCUUCAUCCGUGCUUCAAUAAGAUACUAUUUCAUGAUUCAUUAAGUGUCUCUAGUCACGAAGUAGCUAAGUCAUGAGCGGCACGAAGAAAACACAGCUGCACAAAAGAGAUAAUAUCAUGCAUGGAUGUACAUGUGCAGUCAAUCAUUGUCUGGUUGUCGACCCCUUUAUCCUCCACCCAGUACAGAUAAUACUUUCCUCCCUCCUUAAACCGAGAAAGAUGUUCAUCGACCCGAUCAUGGUCCCUAAGGUAACUCAAUUGCCCAUUUUCUUUUCUCCGGUUUGUCAAAACAACACAGCCAUUAUGGAAUUUGCACCAUACAACCAUUAUCAUUA